AUGAGCAAAGAACCUAAACCAGAAGCUGGCGGCGCAUCCACAACCAUAGAUCACAAAACUUUAUCUGCCACGUACAAGAAGAAUGGAUCAUUCGAUAAUAAGAGGAAGAUUCUCCUACAAGACUUCAAGAAGUCUCAAACACACUCUAAUCUACUACUCAAGCUUAAGGUAAUGGUAGAGUCAAAAAUACGAAAUGACCCUUCAAUACUUUUGAAGAACAAAGGCAAAAUUGCUGCUUUGAUACAAGGCGAGGUGAUCAACGGGAAUUCGUCGGGCAGUAGUAUUCUUAGUAUAGUUGAUAAAGACAUUCAAGAAAAGAUCAUAGACUCCCCUGGUUUCCAUCAAGAGCUCAAAGUGGAGUUAAAAGAUAUAAGGAGAAAACUUCUAGGGGUCACAGAUGAGGACUAUGCGAAACAACUAGAGAAUGAACGCGUUCAAAAAGCAGAGGAAGACGCUAGAAAGGAACGGGAACGUGCUGAACGUGAUCUGGCUUACAAAAACAACUUUAAAGUGAAGCAACUAUCAUUCCCCGCAAAAAUUGUGAAGCCUCCCAGAUUCAGCUUUCAUCCCAAAAAUCACAGAGAAGAUGACAUCGACAACUAUAGGGGCUCGAAUGGUAUGAGUGGGCAAUUGAGAUAUUGA